AUGAACAACAACCAAACGAUACGAUAUUGUGACUGGCGUAUCGAAUUAUAUGACUGUCAAAUGUCCGAACUUUGGGUCGCUCAAGUCACCAUUGCAGCGGUGACAUACAUUUUACUUGCAAUAUCGGGGACCUUUACCUUCGGGUAUAGGUUUAAAUACAACUGGCAUGGUUUAUUUGUAGAUCAUGGAAACGGCAUAAGACCGUUGCCCGUUGAUAGUUUAUUAUUCUUUUGGACGAUUGCGUGUUAUCUUAGAGGGUUACACUCUCUAUUUAUGCUCUUGCAAGUAUAUACACGAUAUUGGCAAAAGGAAUUCAUGCAAGAGAUUGGUUGGACCAUGUUUUGUUUUGGUGGAAUUCUAUACCUCGUAGGUAUAAUAUACACAAUUCCCGUCAAUUAUUCAAGUGGCACGGCCGCCACGAUAAAAAUAGAAAGUAAAAAGGAUCCUUUAAAUUAUUUCACGUCGCGGGAAAUUUACAUACCCACCCCAAAUAUGCUGAACAUAAUCAUGGCUUUGUGGUGUUUAUAUCCAACGUGCACAGCGUUGCCUUUUGCAAUAUUAUCAGGGAUUGCGAAAGAUAAUGAUAAUUUAGCAGCGGCAGCGAAAUGGACGUGUGCUCAAUAUGCGUCCUAUUUCUUCUUUAAUUCAUCGUUUGCGAUAAUUGGAGCAUAUUAUGGAAUAAACUUCAUGCUCAUAUUGAGAAACUCGAUGAAACAAUUCUCAAGACGCUCAGGUGGAUAUUAUCAGAGCAAUAGUAAUGCGACGCGGAACGCUCUUGAUACCCUUAAAUAUACAAUGACGUAUAUUGCCGUUUUGCCCAUGAUAUCAGGUCCUUGGUGGGGAAUUUAUGGAUUAUAUCACGACACCAUCACCAACUCAAUCAAUGGUGUGAACCUGUUCUUGUCGACGAUGUGGCAUAUCACAGGCGCUCAACCGUUAAUUGCUGUCACGCAGUACGUGCUGUUGAAACGUAUAUAUCAGCAUUACACUGGUCAAGCUGCUUCGAAUGAUACGAACACAUCAGGUGUAGGUUCAAUGAAGAGAAGUAAUAUGAGUCCAACCUCACCGACUUUCUCAACGUCUCCGACCUCACCAACGUUUCCCACGAUAAUGAAUCCGGCCUUUAUAAAACCAAAUCAACAAGAUCGUCGAACGAGCGAUUCAACGGUAGAUUUUUUUUACGACGUGGAAUCGUCAUUUCAGAAGGCCCAGGAAGAAGAUAUACUGGAGAAUAAUAAAUUGUCACCCGCAGGAAUUGGUUUUCCAGAUUGGGACAAUUUUCAAAUCCCAAGUAAAAGUUCUGAACGUAAUGUGUAA